AUGUUGAAACCCUAUUCCCUACGAAUAAUAAUCGCCUCCUUGAUUAUCCUUUUGCUCUUCGGCGUAUUAGUGUUCGGAUUGGCAUGGAUUUUCUACAAUGAAGAAUGGAGGGCCGAACAAAUCCGUGUACAACGUCGCUAUGCCCAAGCGCUGAAGAUUGAUCAGGAAAGAAUGCUUCUAUCCGUCCAAGUUGCCACAAUGGAAAAAUCCCAGACAUUCACCCUCAAAGACAUUGAAGAAAUUGUCAGCUCAUUCAUCACUACAUCGUAUCCGAAUGCCAGUUCUGUUCCACCAUCCAACUUGAGCACACUCUAUUGGACAUAUGCAAACAGCUUCGAUGGCUGCAGCAAUCAACUGGCUCUUCUGUACGAUGUUGUAUCCGAUUGCCCACAAACCGAAGAAUCUGCCUGA